AUGGCGGCCAUGGUCAAGGCUGUAGCACGCAGCGUGGCCAGAUCCUGUGUUGACAGAGAAGUUAUGACGAAGAAAAACUGCAUCCACCCUUACACCACGUACACCCACCCUUACACCACGUACACCACGUACACCCACCCUUACACCACGUACAUCCACCCUUACACCACGUACACCCACCCUUACACCACGUACAUCCACCCUUACACCACGUACAUCCACCCUUACACCACGUACACCCACCCUUACACCACGUACAUCCACCCUUACACCACGUACAUCCACCCUUACACCACGUACAUCCACCCUUACACCACGUACAUCCACCCUUACACCACGUACACCCACCCUUACACCACGUACAUCCACCCUUACACCACGUACACCCACCCUUACACCACGUACAUCCACCCUUACACCACGUACAUCCACCCUUACACCACGUACAUCCACCCUUACACCACGUACAUCCACCCUUACACCACGUACACCCACCCUUACACCACGUACACCCACCCUUACACCACGUACAUCCACCCUUACACCACGUACACCCACCCUUACACCACGUACACCCACCCUUACACCACGUACAUCCACCCUUACACCACGUACAUCCACCCUUACACCACGUACAUCCACCCUUACACCACGUACAUCCACCCUUACACCACGUACAUCCACCCUUACACCACGUACAUCCACCCUUACACCACGUACAUCCACCCUUACACCACGUACACCCACCCUUACACCACGUACAUCCACCCUUACACCACGUACAUCCACCCUUACACCACGUACACCCACCCUUACACCACGUACAUCCACCCUUACACCACGUACAUCCACCCUUACACCACGUACACCCACCCUUACACCACGUACACCCACCCUUACACCACGUACAUCCACCCUUACACCACGUACAAGUUGACACAUUUAUGUGACACGGAAUUAGCAAACAUGGGUGACAUGACGUCAUGA